CAAAAUGAACCUGACCAUGUUCUGGCCCAAUCAUGGAUAGAUCUCAGAGCCACAAGUGCAGUAAAAGAGUUUCUACAGGGUGAACUAUGGGCAUCGGAACACACAGCUCAUGACUUGUGUCAAUCUCGUCCAAGCCAAGAGGCAAAGUUUGCUCUUUGCAUUAUCAACUCGUCAAGAGAUUUGAAUUAUUUACCUGUAAGCAUCGACGACUAUACUUUUCUUGGUGGCACGAUCGAUUUCUCGCUAGACUAUUGCCAUUUAUUUGCUAUGAUAUCAUACAGUGAUGCUCUGGACAAUCUCAGAAAGGCUGCGCUGGGGGGUUCGAGGACGUACCAGUCGCUUGUCCAACAUAGGUCUCGCCAUGCUAUCACUACGGCAAAAUUGAGAUUGUCGUAUCUCAGCACCUAUGCACCGAUUUUAUUUCACAAGUUUAACAAUGGACUCGACACGCCUUGUGGCCCGAUCUUGGUCAUUUUCGUAUUUCGUUCCAUUAGCUUAAAUACUAUGCAAGUCGCAAUAGCUUCAGAUCAGAUGAUACAAGUUCAAACGAGAUACCUGUGGUCAUAUUUAUGGGGGCUCAGUCUCAUAGCCUUGAUAUUUUCCUCGCUCCUGGCUCUCGGUUUAGUGUUUGCCGAGGAACAGAGAUGUCGAAAGAGCAAAAUUGACACCACAGAUGGCGUAGUGAAUUUUCCUGAUGGCACAGACACGCAUGUCGAGCUGCGCGAGAACAUGGAUUACGUGAUGCUUGACCUAUAUCUAUGGACUUUCGAUUUACACGCAUAG